GCGCUCAAUACUACCACUGCAGUCUAGUGGAAUAAACAAAAAAUAUGCAAUUGCACUAGCAUCAAAAUACACUCCAAAAAGUGUAGGUUAAUUCUCUUUCCGUCAGUUUUUCAAUGUUGUUUUUAUGAGAGUACAAAUCACUACAUAAAUAUGAAUAACUUUUCUAAUUAUAAAUAAACUUUUUAAUAUUUUCAAUAACAAAUAAUUGUUGUAAUAUGUGAUUUGUUCUACAAAUAAUAAAUUUAACAUUAAAAAUUUUUUAAUUUUUAUAACAAUAAGUUAACAUGGUUAUAAUUAUUAUUGUUAAGGAUAAAUUUAUAUUAAAAUCUAUCCCAAUAAUAACAUAAGUGUAAAUCAGGUUGACUGAAAAAUGGCUCACCUCUUAAUAAGAAGGUGGUUUUUUAAAUUUUACGGAAAAAGACAAUUUAGUUCAAAGGGCAGAAAUCAUUACGAAAGUUUAGAAAUAAAUUCAAAAGCUACUCAAGGUGAAAUAAAAAAAGCAUAUUAUAAAUUAUCAAAACAGUAUCAUCCAGAUGUAAAUAAAUCUCAAGAAGCUCCAGUAAAAUUUCGUGAUGUGGCAGAAGCCUAUGAAAUUUUAGGAAAUUAUGAAAAACGUAAACAAUAUGAUAGAACUAUUAAAGUUCGAUCACCUACUUACCAAAAUCGUGAGAAUAUAAAGCCAGCAGAUAUUAACAAGGAAGCUCAUCGUGCUCACAUAGAAAUAUUGCGUCACAGAGUUCAACACGAUGGUACUCCGAUUUAUGACUUUGAUGCAUGGACAAAAGCACAUUAUGGAGAAACCUUAGAAAAAUCUCGUAAAAACAAAGAAGCUUGGCGAAGGUACAGAGAAUUGAAAGAAGAACGGGUUGAAACUUCAAUUUCUAAAAGUACAGAAACUGCGUUUCUAAUUAUUUUUAUCAUAACAACAUUUUCAUUCCUAACUUUCGGUCUGUUAUUACCAUCUACUGACGACACAAUAUCUCAAGAUUUUGUUAACAUCAAGGAUACAAGCAGUGAUGAUAGUUCAAAAAAACCUUCGGAUUCAACGUGAUGGAAAUAAAGAUCAUUGGCUGGACCAAUGAUAUAAGUCUACAACUUCAUAGUAACUUAUCGAUGUAUUGAAUUAUUAUUUAUGUAGAUAGUAAAGAAGAUAAGAUAAAUGUAAAUGGAAAGUACGAUAGCUUGAAUAAAUAUUAUUAAAUAUAAA